AGACAAAGAGGAAGAAGCGGACGGGGAAUUGGAUUCCAUUCCGAUUUGUUGUUUCUACUAGGGUUUGCUUGCUCAUCGCCUCUUCCCUCCCUCUCGCCCCCUCCUCCUCCUCCUCCUCCUCCACCACCACCAGGAAGACUAGCUAUGAUCCCCAAUUCCGUCUUCCUCUGAUCUGCUUGGCGGUCGAAUUCCGAUUCGAUUGGAGUAGGGAAGGAGAAGGGAACAAACAGGACAGCACGUGCCUCCAUACUAUGGUUUACGCCCCGUGCCGCUCAUCGAAGCCGCCGUCUUCGUCGCCGAUGCUCCACAAGAACCUCCGCGCGCUCGGACCCGGCUUGAAUCCCUUUGCUCCCUUCGGCAUGGGCAACUACACCCGCUAGUCUUCUCUUCUCCUCCGAUCCCCCCCUCUUCUCCGAUUCCAAUCUCUGAAUUGUGGGUGCUUCCCUUUGUUUCCGCCCACCACCCCGGCCGCUUGCUCCAUCGGAACCCAUCCCCGCUACUUUCCGCCAUUUCGCUUCAUUGCUCCGUUGCUUUGGAUCUGAGGCUGGAGAUCCUCCCCUGUCCUGCUGCCCGAGGAGCCGCCAAGGAUAACAUGGUGCUGGUGCGCAGGUCGCUCACCAUGAGCCGCCCCCGGAGCUGCCACGACGCUGACGACCGUGGCUGGAAUCCGCUCCAUGUUGCUGCUCGCAAGGGAGACCUCAAGGAGGUCCGACGUCUGCUGGAUGAUGGCAUGGACGUCAAUGCACCUGCAUGGGGACCAAAAUGUCCUGGUGCUACCCCACUUCAUCUGGCUGCUCAGGGUGGGCAUGUUAAAAUCAUGGAUGAACUAUUGGAGCGUGGUGCCAAUAUUGAUGCUCGAACCAAAGGGGCCUGUGGCUGGACUCCUCUACACAUUGCUGCCAAGGAAAGGAACAAGAAGGCUGUGAGAUUCCUGAUUGAGAAUGGAGCAUUCCUUCCUCCUGAGAUGAAUGACCAUAGGUUCAAUCCCCCCCUCCAUUACUGCUCUGGGUUAGAAUGGGCAUAUGAGAUGAAGCGCGUGCAAGACGAAAGCGAUUCGCCUGGCGAGACUUCAUUGAGUUCGGAUAACUAGAGUGAAAGCAGCAGGUGCACCGAGAUAUGAUGCGGUUUGAGAAAGAUGGAGAAGUUAUGUCAGGUCGUAUGGUUAUAUUCUUGAGUUGUGUGUGCAUAACCAUUGAGUACAUUUGGUUGAUGCCUGGAUGAUGGUUGUGAUCUAUGGAGCUGAAUAAUUGUCGAAUGGUACCUGUAUUAUUGUACUACGAGUGAGUGUUGGAUGAUACACGUGUUUCAUUAAGAGGGUGGUUCCUUGUGCUCUUCUUUUUUUUUUUUUUUUGCACUUCACCUGUAAUCUGCUACUUCGAAUGAUUGUUGGAUGGUACCAUUGGUCUUCAUCAGAUUUUAACGCCUGAGUGGAAACAUUCUAUAUGUAGUAUUCAUUC